UCAGGAACAGGAUGAUCCUUCGGAAAAUGAACAGGAUUGUAAUGAUGGAGAUGAUAGCAUGUCUGGUGUCCGACGUCCCAUGAAUGCAUUUUUUAUGUUCUGCAAGCGACAUAGAGACAUUGUUCGGGAAAAAUAUCCACACUUGGAAAAUCGUAGUAUUACAAAGAUCUUAGGAGAAUGGUGGGCAAACCUGGAUCCUUCAGAAAAAGCCUCUUAUACCGCCUUGGCCAAACAGUAUAAAGAGGCAUUCAUGAAAGCACAUCCUGAUUUCAAAUGGUAUAAGCUGCCUGCUCCACCUACUAGAACACUUAUAACCAGACCCUCAAAUAGAGGCCUGCCAAAUCAAUAUGAAAAAAGUUCCCAUAGUUCUGACAAUUGUGGUAUAACAUUAGGAAAGUUAGUUGAUGAUGAGCAGCUUGGUGGCCUAAGUUCACUUAUUAGUUCGUCAGUUCCUGGGUCUGUGCCUGCAUCGAGUAAUAUUUCAAAUGUUUUGAACUCUGCAAUGGCUCAAAAAAGUAGCAAAAAUAUCUUAAAACCUCCUAAGAAAAGGUACAUAGUCAACGGGCAAUUCAAAUGUGUUUCUGAAACAAAUGUUGAUUCGAGAGAUUUCCAAACUCGCAAUGCUUGUUCUGCAUUAUUAGAGCUUGCUGAGAUUUGUACAAGUAGUGCUGCCCGUGAAAGUUCCACUUUGGCUUUAGAUUCAAGUAAUGAGCUAACUGAGGGGAAGUAUUCAGAGCCUCUUACAGGUAGCAAUAACUUUAAAUAUCAGUUUGGUUGCUCGGAUUCCGCUGAUCGUCCAAAAACUGCUUCAUUAACACAUCCUAUGCUGUGUAGUUUACAAGAGACUAAUGAACAUUCGAAAAAACUUCCAAUUUCUGUGCCUCUUAAUACAGAAGUCAACGCAAUUCAUAGGACAGAAAAUGCUUUCUCUCAUCAAGACCAACCUCUUGAUCUGUGCAAGAAUAGAGGUAAAACUAUAACUACUAGCCACCAGCAACUUAUUGAUCACUUUGUUGAUAAAUUUUUGUGUGAUAAACCUUUACCUCAAAGCAGCUAUUGUAAAUCGUCUAUCAUAGAUGCAGACUUUUGUAAAAUGUUUUCUGAUAAAAGUGCCAGUGACUUAUAUCAUACUAAGGAUGAAAAGCCUAAUCAUUCCGGAUUUACUUUAUCUGUUGCAAUUGAGUCUGCUGUAGAUAAAGCAUAUAGCAAAGAUUCUGCCAAGUCAAAUGAUUUUGAAGUGCCAGAGUCCUCUCGUGCAAUUCUUGAACAUAUCACUCGAGGCAAUUGUGAUGAACCUUUAAAACUGGAAAAAAUGCAAGAAAAAUUGCCUGAUGAGAAAAAAGAGUUAAAAUCUAGCAAUCAAAAUGUAGAAUGUGCAAACCAAUCUCAAUGUACUGAGCUAAACAUGAAAAAUAAUUUAGACUCUAAUUUAAAGAGUGAUAUAAUUAGUCCUGUAAAUAUAAAUAAUAAUGAGAAACAAGUCAAGGAAACUUUCUCUAAUGUGCAUGAAAACAGCAGUAGUAAUUUCUUUAGGAAAGUAAUUACUCCGCCAAAGAAGUCGCGUGUUUGGUGCAACAUAUUUAUGAAUGAGCAGAUGAUGCAAAAUAAAAACUCAAACAAUAAAUCACAAACUUUAAAUCCAAUAGUUCCAACAUUACCUCCUGCAAGGCGGAGUUCUCAGCGUACAUGUAAAGGUCGUCGAUAUCAGGCGUUGAUUACAGAAGGGCUAUUGCAAUCAGCAAAGGAAAGAAAAUCAAAUAGUAAUAAAAAAUCACCUCCUUCACAAGACAAAAUGAAGAACAAACCAAACUCAGUUGCCGAAAACCAUAUUUUGUCUUCCGUUAAAAAGAAAAGAAAAAAAGAAGCAGUUGAUAAAAACAGAAAUGUUAAAACAGAGGAACUAGAAGUUGAAAAAGGUUUGUUUAAUCUGGAAGAAAAAAUCGCAUCUUUACCAAAAUGUAAUUUUGAGCAUUUGAACAAGAAAAAGAAAAUAAUGUUGGAAACUAAUUCAAACAGUAUAAAAAUCGAAAAUUCUAAUGUGUUUGCUUCUACCUCAUCGACAGAUAAUCAUACAUCAUCUUUUAUUAAUGAAUGGCAGAAUAUUUCAUCUAGUGGAAGGUAUAAAACUGGAGGCUUCGAUUUGGAGCAAGAAAUCGCAUCACUUCCAAAGUGCAAUUUCGAUUUGCUAGCAAAACGAAAAAAAAAAGAUUGAGAAUAAUAUAAUUUAAUGAAGAUCUGUGAUCAUGAGAUAGUACAUCUUCUUUCAAAAGGAUUUGUACGUUGUUUAAUAAUGUGCUAUAUAAUAAACGUAAAGGAGUAAAGAGUUUUGUUGUAGUUUAGCUAAUAUUUACAUUUCUAUGGAAUAGAUAUUGUGUAAACGCUAGUGAAUAACAUGCUGUAAUGUAAUUUUUCAGAUAUAUAAGAAAUACAGUGCAUUUUCUUGUAUUUUAUUUUUUUAAAUCAAAGUUCUUUUGAACAAACAUUUAUUGUUCCUAAUUUCCUUUAUAUCCUGUCCAUACGUGUGUAUGAAGUAUUUGUUGAAUCCUGUUUCGUUCUUUUUUUUUUUUUUUUUGUCUUUCCAUUUUUAAAAAAAAACUGUUAUUGAAUUUUAUUUCUUGUUCCCAGUAUUUAUGUUUAAGUUUAUCAUCAAGAUUUUACCUAUUUAUUGAAUGUAUGGAUGCUGCUUUCAUUUUGUCCAUGAUGUUAUGAGCAAUUUUCUAGAUAUAUUUUACUAUUUCAAAAUAUAUUGAGCAAUUUUUAUAUGUGUGAUGUAGAGAUUAUAGUUUUAUUUAUUUUGAGAAUGAGUUAUGCAGGAAAAGUGUAGUGUGGCUAAAGUGUACUUUGUCAAAAAGAAUCCUUCAAAAAAAAAAAAAAAAAUUUUGAGGCAGUUUGAUUGAAACUGCAUGACAGAGGUGUAGCCCAGAGGGGAGAGGGAUGAAACCCCCUCCAAACUAGUUUUCCUUUUUUGACCAUAGAAAAGGAUUGCAUUUAACCAUACCCCCCUGAGAAACUUUUUUUUUGGCUAUGCCACUGCUUCAGGUGGUACAUAAAAUGAAUGUUCUAACUUUGCUUAGUUCUUGAAAGAAAAUAUAAAAAGUGUAACUUUGUUUCUAAGGAACAGAAAGAUGCAGUUAAAAGUUUAAAGUAAAUGUAGUGGUAAGCGUUUGAUGUGAAUGUGAUUGCGUUCCAGAAACGAAAGCGUUAUUGAGACAUUGCGAUAACUUAUCCUGCACUUUUUGCAGUAUCUUAGAUGGUCUAAGUUCUGGAAUUCUGAUCUACGUGUUCAGCUUAGCAACAAUUUGUCAUUUAAAGAUUCAUGAAUGGCUAAGUGUGAUUUAUAUGGGGUAUCAUCUCACUAUGGAUGACAGUUGCUAAUUUUUAUUGUGACAACAACCAAUUUUUUAACAUCUAAACAAGUAAGCCCAAUAACAAUCUUGUAACAGAAAAAUAAUAGUCUGAAGAUUUUCCACUUUUUGUUUUCUCUUUUUAUACUUAAUGAUGAAAGAGGGGUUUUUCUCCCCUUUUAAUUUACCAGCAAAGUUAGAAUAUUUGUUUAAGUAUA